CUCUUUGUAAAGUAGUAGAAGAAGAAGAAGUUAGACUCGGCGGUUCGGGGCAGUUGGAAGUGGCUCGGACGGAAUUAUGUUGGGGAAAAAGUAGCUUACUUUAAAUUCGUAGGGCUUCAGACUGUACACAGGCGAUGUAAUUCGAUUUACAACACACUUUUGUGUUUUCGUGGACUUUGUAAACAUACGUGCUCGUCUUCGACGCUCGUUUCUCAACUGUUUCGUGGAGGCCUCGCUGCUUUCACCGCCAUGAAUUACGGUAGGCCUCCGCCGAACGUCGACGGCAUGACUUCCCUCAAAGUGGACAACCUGACGUAUCGAACAUCGCCCGAAACCCUCCGCCGGGUGUUCGAGAAGUACGGCCGGGUGGGGGACGUCUACAUUCCCCGAGACCGCUACACGAAAGAGAGCCGGGGCUUCGCGUUCGUUCGGUUCCACGACAAACGGGACGCCGAGGACGCGAUGGACGCCAUGGACGGAGCGGUGAUGGACGGCCGGGAGCUGCGGGUCCAGAUGGCCCGGUACGGCAGACCGCCAGACUCUCACUACGGUGGAGGACGACGAGGAGGAUCCGCCCGGAAGUACAGCGGCCACGGACGCCGAAGCAGAAGCUCUUCCCUCAGCCCCAAACACCGGAGACGCAGCCGGUCUCGCAGCCGGAGUCGCUCCCGGUCCCGAAGCCGUUCCCGCUACAGCAGGUCCAGGUCCCGGUCCUACUCCAGGUCCAAGUCCCGCUCCCCCAGGAACAAGAAGACCAAGGCCCAUUCCCGCUCCAGAUCUCGGUCCAGGUCCAAGUCCAGGUCCCGGUCCAGAAGCCGCACCCCUUCCUCCAGAAGGGGUUCCAGGUCCAGGUCUAAGAGUCAGCCCAAGUUGGCUGCAGAAAACGGAGGUGAAUCCUCGUAGUGCUCAGCUCAGCAGCAACAGCUGAAGACCUGAGAGCUUCCAGACUGGAUCCAACACGAGAACCGGCGUCCAGCUCCAAAAGGUGGUUAUUGUGUCUUCAUUUGGCCUCAGAAAGUCUGUUUUUGGUUUCACAAAUGUCAUUUUAUCAGCUUUUUAUAACCCGUUCCUGCUUUACUGAGUGUUUGGAUUCAAACACUACGGCUUCACUUUUAUUUCAUGAUCAUACGUUCAGGUUAAACCCUCUUUAUUUGGAUGUCGUAACUGUAUUUAUCACUAAAAUCCAGCUGCAGAAAUGGAAUCUUUAAUGGGGAAAAAUCUUCAUGCAGGCCUUACUUCAUGUAAAAGCACAUUUUAAGCGUAUUUCAUCAACAAAUCACUUUCUUUUUAUUCAAUUUCUGCUCUGGAGUUUUAAAAGAAAGCACCAAAGUGACAUAAAACGGAGUGAACAGAAAGAAAGGUCGCUUCUGUUUCAUUUCUUUGUUUAAUUUCCUUCUUCAGCGUGUCGUUGCUGCAGCUCAGGGUCUCCGUCAGGCAGGAAAAUGCUGAAUUUUACAGAACGUCACUAACUCGAUUUUGCUUUCUGUGAUUUUUGUUUGGGUGUUGUUUUUUUUUCACGCUAACUUUGCUUGUGUGUGUGUUUUUUUUGUGCACUAGACGCAGUUGUGUAGCAGUUGAGUUUUGCUGGUUAGCUGUUUCUCCAGAAUGCUGCUGUGACUACAGUGCUACGGUCGCUACGGUUUCACCCGUUUACAAAAUAAAAUGUGCUCCUGUCUUUGCUUUACAGUGAACUAAUGUGACUUUAAUAAAGAUUUGAUGUUUUUGUCUAAAA